AUGCGGCCCCUGGAUGAUACUGGGGCCGCCAAGCGGCAGGAGUCCGGGCUGCCGCUGAUGGACAUCCCGUCCCCGGGCUCCAGGCUGGAGCCGGCGGCUGCGGAGGUAGUGGAGACGCCCGGCCCCGGAGGGUACUGGCAGUGCCCUUCCUCGCCGUGCGGCUCGCGUGCCCAGCAGGAAGCUGAGAAGAAAGCACCCUGUCCUGGACUUGGCUUGUUUUACACAUUAUUGUCUGCGUUCCUUUUCUCAGUGGGCUCCUUAUUUGUUAAAAAAGUGCAAGACAUCCACGCUGUAGAAAUUAGUGCAUUCCGAUGUGUGUUCCAAAUGCUAAUCAUCAUCCCUUGCUUAAUAUACAGAAAAACUGGGUUUAUAGGCCCCAAAGGUCAACGAAUCUACCUGCUCCUCAGAGGAGUCCUUGGUUCUAACGCCAUGAUCCUUUUGUACUAUGCCUACCAGCUGACGUCUCUCGCAGAUGCCACGGUUAUCUCCUUUAGCUGCCCGGUGUUCACCUCUAUAAUUGCUUGCAUAUUUCUCAAGGAAAAAUACAGCCCCUGGGACGCCCUCUUCACUGCCUUCACCAUCACUGGAGUGAUACUGAUCGUGAGGCCACCAUUUUUGUUCGGUUCCGAAGUCGCGGAGACGGAUAAAGACUAUUCAGUUCACGUGAAGGGCGCAUUGGUGGCCCUCGCGCAUGCUGUGUUUGCUGCCAUGACUCUGGUUAUCCUAAGAAAAAUAGGGACAUCUGUGGACUACAUGUUGAGCAUUUGGUAUUAUGUCAUCAUUGGCCUCAUCGAGUGCGUCAUUGUCCUUUCUAUUUUAGGAGAAUGGCGUCUUCCGCACUGUGGUUUGGACAGGCUGUUUCUCAUACUAAUUGGGAUGUUUGGUUUGGGAGGUCAGAUGUUUCUGGCAAAAGCCCUUCAGAUAGAAAAGGCAGGGCCAGUAGCAUUAAUGAAGACCAUGGAUGUGGUCUUUGCUUUUAUCUUUCAGAUUAUUUUCUUUAAUGACAUGCCGUCAUGGUGGACAGUGGGUGGCUCCCUAUGCGUAAUAGCCAGUAGCACUGGAGCAGCCAUUCGUAAAUGGUGCCAUAGUACCAAAUAA